AUGGCUCAGUUGCAUGCUGAGAUUGGCAGAUUGAGACAGGACUCCGAGAGGAUGAAACCACGAGGACCCAGGAGAGGACUGCCAUCCCUAUCACCACCUCCUAUAGCUCCCCCUUUGCCGCCACUACCUCCACCACCACCUCAUCAUCUUCAUGGUCUCCCUGACACUGGAUUUCUAGCUAGCAAUGUAGUGAUUUGCCUUGUCUCUGCCCUGUACCGUAAUGGACAAGAGUUGGGCAAGCCCACUCCACUGCCCAUUGUCUCCUCAGAUAUGGGACAGUCUCCACAGUAUGUCAUGGAUGGGCAAAGAGGGUGUUGUGCCAUCUUAGCAGCCAGGCAGCCAGUCCCAAGAAUCCUCCCUACAACUUCUAUUGACCUUGUAACUGAACUGCAAGCAUCUGGAGGCUUUGAUGCUUAUGGGCUAGAAAUACAGAACUUGGCUCCCCGAGGAUGGGCCAAAAUCAAAAUUUUUGACCAACUGCAUCAAGUGAUGAGUGGGCGAUGGAAGGUACCUAUCCGGGUGCUUCCUGUAAAGCCAGGCCUUACUGUGGAACAGAUGAAUGGUGUGCCUCAGGUUGGCAAAGCUGAGCUUUACUUGCGACUAGUGAAUGCAAGAGAUGCUGAUAUGCAGUCAAUGGCUGAGAUCCAUCCAGGCAAUGCCGCCCUGUAUAAAUACCCUCCUACAGUGUGCAGUUCCAUAGCACCUUCUACAGACUUCCCUCCAGCCCAGCGCUCUUUUCACCCUGCCUCCACCAGCCUGUCCUUUUCUGUCCCUCCUUACACUGGUUUUGUUGACCCUCCUCCAAAUCAGGAACAGCCCCUCCAACACCAAUCCAAUGAAAGCACCAAGAUACCAAGAAGAAAAGCUUCUCUGUAUCCUUCCAGAAGUGAAACAGCACUCCAGAGGCCACAACAUCAGCAUCAGAAAGAAAAAGGACAAUUGGGGUUCAUCCUUGAUAGAGUGAAAGGUGCCCCACUUGGAGAUGGGGUCAUCCGGCUGACAGGUUACCAGCAGAAAACUGGUCAGGUGAUUGCCACCAGGGAUUCAGGACUGAAUUACUUCACUAAUUCCAUCAGAUCCAACAUCAAACAUGGCUACUUCGUGUUUGGAGAGCAAGAGAUAACCUUCCGGGAUGUUACACCACAGGAGGACAUGAUCCUUAUCAUUCGCUUUUACCACUGGCCCAGUGGGAGGAUGGCAUCUACCCCUUGGGACAAAGGAUCAAAGCCUCAGCGCCAACCGUUACUGGGGAAUGAAAAAUGGCUAGCUGCCUGGACUAUGCUCAGGCUGACCAGGCUGUCUAAAUCUUCUAAGAUGAUGCUUGCAGAUGAAGUGAAGGAAGGAGAACCUAGAGUACCUGUUUGGAAUACAGGGACCCACACGCUGACGCUGUAUCAUGCCCCUGUGCCACCUCUAGUAUCCUUGUCAGGGAUGUCAGCAGAACAGAAGGACCAGGACUUUAAGCUGUAUGGUGAUGCAACUUUGAGACUGCACAUCUUUAGCUCCCAGAAGCCUGAACUUCCUUUUCCACCAGAAUCACCAUCUGUAUUCGACCCUACAAAAACAUGGCCCCAUGAAGCUUUUAUUUAUCAUGUCAGGGAGACACCUCCUGUGGAGUCUUUUGAUGCUGGGGAUGGCUUUGACUUGUACAUUGAUGGAGCUCGCUUCCUGCCAGAUGGUGUCACAGUUACCAGGGUGGCUGCUUGCAUCUUUACCAGAAGCUACAAACAGAUUGGCCCAGACAUUUACACUGAGAUUGAUUUGAAUAGCAGCAUCUUUGAUCCAGUUUACAAUUACUCAAUUGAAAUGCGAGAACAAGUGUUAACACCUUGUGCAUUUCUUCUCUUUAAGGUUUAUUCCAUUGACCCCUUCAGCUCUAGGCUGAUACAGAUUGGCUGGGCAGCCCUCAAUCUUUUCGUGGAAUCUGGAACAUACACAGCCCCAGAGCCAGGAGCUGAGGGGAUUCGGGUCUCCUUAAAUGAUGGUGCUCACCAGCUCCGAAUUUUUCACAAUGGCCCUUGUCCAGACCAGCCCUUCUCUAUCCAUACUUUGACCUCAAUAGGCCGGUAUGUGCCUUGUGCAACCCUGCUGGUGAGGCUUCUCAAGGCUCCUGUAGAUUCCAAUCAUCACACCUUGAAAAGAAGUAUGGUCCCCCAGACACACUGGGUCAAGCUGGGCCUCUUCCAACCAAGGCCUGAUUAUUCUGAUAGGGUCUAUUACUCAUACUCAGCCAGGCCUACUGCAGGAGAAAGUUGCCUCUAUGAAGCCAUGAUGACCAGAUCAGUAGUUUCAGUUCGAGAAAUUGUUCAGCAGCUUGCUGGAUGUAAGAAGUGUUUAAUCACAGAUGAGGAGAUCUCCACUUGGAUCCACCAGAAACUAACAUGGGUACCAGGCAGCAAGGCACAGCCUUUCAACCUCACCUACAUCUCCAGAUACAUCCCAGCAUAUGGCAUCAAGUUUGCAGUGGAUAGAGCAAUGAAUUUACCCUGGUCAGGCUUGACAACAGCCCAGUUCUGCUUCAACCCACCUGCAGCAUUUUACUUUGGAAGACAAUGGCUGAAAUAUGACUACCCCAUCUCCCUUACAGAACUUGACACAAACAGCUAUGAGAAAUGGCCUAUAUGGCUUGAUGGCUUCAAGUCCUCUCCCCACAGGGUUUACUGUGAAUAUUCAACGGUUAUUAUUCACCUGUUCAGAAGGGCAGUGCGUUCAGCCCACAGUGUGCCAACCGUAAAAGAAAAGACUCAACCUACACAAAGAAAAGUCAUGAUAAAGGGAGACCAGUUAGGUAGCACUCCGGAAAGUGAGGCGUGGACGUCUCUCCAUGUAUUCUCUACAGGUUACUGCAACACUGGUGUUUACCAAUUGCCCUUAUACCAGGGAGCUCCGAGUGAGAUGAUCCUGGCUUCUUUAACUGAAGGGAAAUGCAGCAAUGUUAUGAAGAGCAUGCUCGAUAAGCAAGUGAUCCAGUUAGUGCCAGGUGCAUCUGUGAUUGUGCGUAUCGCUGAUGGAAGAUGGGAUGGAGAAUUCAGAUAUACAUCAAGGGACAUUGACCAAUCAUUUCUACCAAAACAAGCACUAGGUCUGUACAGCAAGGAUACCUCUGGAGUAAAAAUUGCAGAAAUAAUGCUAAAAGAAACAUCAGAAGAUAAGACAAGGUUGCUGGCACUGGAAGAACUUUAAGCCAAAAUCAUCAGAGAUCCACUGGUAAUUAUUCAACAGUACAUCAUGCCAGAAAUGGACGUUGCCAUUUCAAGAAACCACACAAAGACAACAAUCACAAAAACCUGCAAGUAUGCUUACCACAGCAAUCAAGAAUUUGGCCAGUGAUAUGAAAGUCUUCCACAAGAUGCCAAAGUUAUUUGCCAAUUUCCCAUGCCAGCCACUGGACUAGAUUACCAAACAAGCCUUCGCUAUGACCAGUUCUACCACACCUUCCAAUACAUUGAGUAAGCAGUCAUUUCCUGAUCUACUGUCCUAAUAAUUUACUGGAUACAGCAUUAACAAUCAUCUAGUGGUAUUUCACUUCUUCUUUUAUUUGUGUUUCUGUGGGUUACCUUUUCAAUCAAAAGAAUGUAAUCAUAAAGAAUUGAUGUGAUAAAAGUUUUAAAAGGGCAUUUCCUACUGUCUGGUUUCUGUCUCAAGAGUCCUAUUCCCUAUCCCAAUGUCCUCCAGAACCAAGUGAUUAUACAGUAAACUUGCCUGCCACAAAGGGGAGAGCCAUUUUGCAUCCAUCUGCAGGGCUGAUUAAAGAGCAACAUUAUUAUGAAUUGUACAAUACACGUCCACUGAAGCAGUUUCAGAAUUUUGCUAGCAUAUUUGUCAAGGACUCAGACACUUUGUGAGCAUUGCACCACCUAUAAUUGCAUGGCUUCAAAACACCUGCUGCAGGUUUCCCAGCUUUCCAAGGUGGGUAUCCUGCCAGAAGCCUUUUCAGUGGUGGUGGUGGCACCUCAACUAUAGUGUUUUUCUGAGGAAGUCUUGCCCAACCCUUUUCUAUCAAUAUUGCCAUACUAUA